AUGCGCACGGGAGGAGAAUCACUCGAAGAAGCACUGUACACCUUCUUGAAUGUUUACCGCUCUACUCCAACCAGUGACUUGAACGGCAAAGCUCCCGCUGAAUUGAUGUUCGGCAGACCAAUACGUACCGUAUCGUCAUUGCUCAAACCGACUGAACGUUCCACUGACUCCACAUUCAGAAACAGGAAGAAUCAGAACAACUCAUUCAACAAAAAGCACGGCGCAGUCAAAAAGGCAUUUCAGCACGGAGAUACCGUCUACGUAAAGGUACAUCGAGCGAAUUCAUGGCAGUGGCAACCAGCAACCGUGAUCGAGAAAAUCGGAACCGUGAACUACAAUGUCUUCCUGGAGGAUCAACAUCGCCUGAUACGGUCACAUGCAAACCAACUCAACGCUCGAGUUCCUGAACCUAGUACAGUAGGUAACCCAACACCGCUUUCAGUAUUUUUCGAUGGUUUCGGAUGA